AUGUCCCAACCAGCGGCAGGAGACGCGCCGGGGCCGAUCCGAGCUACUCGGACCCCGAAGUGUUCCCGGUGCCGAAAUCACGGGCUGGUGGUGCCGGUCAGGGGCCACUCGGGCCGCUGUGCCUGGAAGAUGUGCACCUGCUCCAAGUGCUCCCUCAUCGCCGAGAGGCACAAGAUCCUCACCGCCGACAAAGAGCUGCGCAAAUCGGGGCCCCGAGGGGACACCCCGGAGGAGAGCGUCCCGGCAGAGGUGGUAACAGGAGAGACGCAUUCAGAGGCAAUGCAAUCGGCAGAGAGGCACCCCGAGACCGGCCCUGCUUUGCUCCCAUUGGAGUCUGCCCCAGGCCCUGAAUAUUUUGAGAGGGAUCCAUCCAAGAUGUAUAUUGGCUGUCCACCCAUGUACCAUUACUCUCCAUUCCCUAUGGGCCUUGCUGUCGCUCCGCCAAGGUUCCAAGGAGCUGCCCCUCCUGCCGGAAUUGCACUUCAGGAUGGAGGAGGGGAAUUCCGACCCGCUUAUUACCAUUCUGUACCCCAGUUUAUUCCACCUGGCUUCGUCCCAGGAUUACACUACCUACCUCCUCCAUUGCCAAUGAGCGUCAACAUCAUGGCUGAGCCCAGUAAGGAUAUGUUAGGCCAAAGCUCCAGAGAGAACCCAAGUUUCAAGCCUACCCAAGAGAGAACCAAGGAACCAAGCACCUAA